UUUGCCCAACGCGUGAAUGAGUCAAGUCAAGGGAGGUGGCAUAUUUUGAAAGUCCAUCCUUGUCCUCCCCACCCCCACAGCUCAGUAGUCACUGCAAGAUAAAACCCUCCCCUCCUGGUGACCAUCAUCAGUGACUGUCCCCGGUAUAGGUGCAGGCGCGGUCUGGUUGUGGUGGCCUCAUCGGGCCACAGGAGCAGCAGGGAGCCAUGCCCAGGUACACAGUGCACGUGCGCGGAGAAUGGCUGGCCGUGCCCUGCCGGGACGCGCAGCUCACCGUGGGCUGGCUGGGCCGCGAGGCCGUGCGGAGGUACAUGAAGAACAAGCCAGACAACGGUGGCUUCGCCUCGGUGGACGACGUGCAGUUUCUCGUGCGCCGCUGCAAGGGCCUGGGCCUGCUGGACAAUGAGGACCCACUCGAGGUGGCCCUGGAGGACAACGAGUUCGUGGAAGUGGUUAUAGAAGGGGAUGCCAUGUCUCCUGACUUCAUUCCAUCGCAGCCAGAAGGAGUUUACCUAUACAGCAAAUACCGGGAGCCUGACAAGUACAUCGCCUUAGAUGGGGACAGCCUGACCACAGAGGAUCUGGUCAACUUGGGCAAGGGAUGCUACAAAAUAAAGCUCACCCCAACUGCCGAAAAGAAGGUGCAAAAAUCCAGGGAAGUCAUAGACAGAAUCAUAAAAGAAAAAACUGUUGUUUACGGCAUUACUACAGGCUUUGGGAAAUUUGCCCGAACUGUAAUUCCUAUCGAUAAGCUAGAGGAGCUCCAGUUCAAUCUAGUGCGUUCCCAUUCUUCAGGUGUUGGAAAACCACUAAUCCCUGAGAGAUGUCGGAUGCUCUUGGCUUUAAGGGUCAAUGUCUUAGCCAAAGGAUACAGUGGCAUUUCCCUGGAGACCCUCAAACAAGUUAUCGAAAUAUUUAAUGCCUCCUGCCUGUCCUAUGUUCCAGAGAAAGGAACCGUUGGUGCCAGUGGGGACCUUGCCCCGCUCUCUCAUCUUGCCCUUGGGCUCAUUGGAGAGGGGAAGAUGUGGUCUCCAAAGAGUGGCUGGGCUGACGCUAAAUACGUCCUGGAAGCCCAUGGACUGAAACCAAUUGUUUUGAAACCAAAAGAGGGUCUGGCGCUCAUCAAUGGGACGCAGAUGAUCACCUCCCUGGGCUGUGAAGCUGUGGAGAGAGCCAGUGCUAUUGCUCGGCAGGCUGACAUAGUGGCGGCCUUGACCCUUGAGGUGCUGAAAGGCACCACCAAAGCCUUCGAUACUGACAUUCAUGCUGUUCGCCCUCAUCGAGGGCAAAUAGAAGUUUCUUUUCGGUUUCGGUCACUCUUGGACUCGGAUCACCAUCCAUCAGAAAUAGCAGAAAGUCACAGGUUCUGUGAUCGUGUUCAGGAUGCAUACACCUUGCGCUGCUGUCCACAGUCUCACUACGGCCUGCUGAUCCAUGUAGCAGGUUUAAGGUCCCAGAACCCAGAGCUUUCAGUGCUGAAGCUGAAAGCCCCGGGCAAACCAGUUUCUGAGAGCAAGGCUCUGUGCCACCCCUCGUCUGUGGACUCUCUCUCCACCAGCGCGGCCACGGAAGACCACGUCUCCAUGGGGGGAUGGGCAGCAAGGAAAGCCCUCAGGGUCAUUGAGCACGUGGAGCAAGUGCUGGCCAUUGAGCUCCUUGCAGCCUGCCAGGGCAUCGAGUUUCUACGCCCCCUGAGAACAACCACUCCCCUGGAGAAGGUCUAUGACCUGGUGCGCUCUGUUGUAAGGCCCUGGAUAAAAGAUCGCUUCAUGGCCCCAGACAUCGAGGCAGCACACAGGCUGCUGGUGGAGCAAAAGGUUUGGGAAGUAGCUUCACCAUACAUUGAAAAAUACAGACUAGAGCAUAUUCCAGAAUCAAGACCGAUUUCUCCAACGGCCUUCUCACUGGAAUCUCUAAACAAGAAGUCCACCCAAAUCCCAGAGUCUGGGGAUCUUUAGUGGGCUUUGUCAUGGAAUUGCAGUUCAACAGCAAGCAGUGUCGUCCUGAAGGAGAGACCUGAGAACUUUUUUAGGUAGAGCAAUUCAUUACGUAAUUCAGUCCUUCUAAAACCUACUUUGCUUAGGCUGGUGGCAGCAUCACAUUGCUAAAUCUAUCAUUGUGUUACUGUGGACCUGGUUCGAGAUGCAGUAGGUGUAUUCAGGUAAUAUCCUAUAUAAUAUCCUAUGUUUCUUUGAUGAUCUCAACAGGCCGUUCACUCUUAAGGAUGAAUGGGUCUUUUACUUUUUUCUUUUUUUGGCUUUGACAAGCUCUCCACUGAUUCACUUUGGCUGAUUGUACUAUGUCAUGAUAUGACUAAUGUUCCUUAAUAGGCCUUCAUAAACAACCCUUUUUAAAUCAUAAUUUGUCCUUCAGCUGCUCUCUCUUCUAUUAAUUGAGCCGUAGUAAAGAAUGGUCAAUAGGUCAAUAAGAGGUUUUGUGUACAGGAAUUAAGGAAUGAAUAUAAAGAUUGCCUUUGGAGUGGCCCUAAUUGAACUGUGCAUUUCGUAUUUAUCAAAUACCACUACACAUAUCAAAAAAAAAAGGACUCAGAUGCUUAAACUAGAGUUGGAGGUUAGUAUUAUCACUUCUUGCUAUGUGUUAGUGCUCGAUUCACAUUCUUAUAGUAACCCUGGUUUAGGAACCCUCCUCAUUUCACAGACAAGGAAUCUGAUAUUCAGAAGUUAACUAACCCCUCCCUGUAAUGGUAACCAUUAAAAUGAAGCCCCCUUGACAAAGAUCAGAUGGGGCCCUAGGAUGUAGUACCCAAUCUGCCUCCUACCCAAAAGAAGAUAAAGAACUUUAUGCAAAGGCUUAAGUGUAAUUGUGCAGAUGAAGGAUGGGUCAGAUGACCUCAUGACUUCCAAGAUCUGUGACUUUGCACCCAACUGUGCAAACGUGUGCGAGGCACUCCAAGUUCAGGAGUCUGAAACUAUGGCUCUAAAAACUGCUGCUGGCGAAGGAAAGGACAGACACACUUGCCAGCUUGCCCAUGUGAUUACAGCCUAAAACAGGUCCAAUAGUGUAUUUCACAAUAAAGUUUCCACUCUAGAUUGCAACCUGUCCACAAGAAAGAUGGAGACAGAAGCGAAAACUGCUGCCUACAGCAUUUCAGUGAACAAAAAAAUCUGCUGAGGAACCUGUUGGCCAAAAGGUUAUUCUUGACGCUGUUAUUUGCUAAAAUGUGAACACACACGAAUGAAGUUUAUUCAUUCUUACCUACGAGCUGCAGUUGAGCCAGUAAAUCCCACAGUCUGAUGGCUGCUUUUCACUCCAGUUUGGGGAGUGCUGGAUCCCACAGGCCUCUGUGGUCCUCUGGGGUGCUUUGUCACUGAGCUUUUGGAUACAGCUCUCUUAGUAACUGACAUCACAUGCCUUCAAGGGAAUGUCAAGGUAAAUAUGGAGUCUCAAUUGUCUUAGGUUGUCACAGUAUUCUUAGAUUUUUAUACUAAAGUUUAACACCUCCUUAGGGAAAGGCUAUUCUAACUGCAGUUAACCAACUUUCUGAAAGAUUUUAUCAAUGACUCUUCACCCAUGAAAAAGUGUCUUUAGAAAAUGUGAUUGAUUUAGUAUACUUUCUCUCCCUUUCCCGUUGAGUGGCAGCAAGAGAGUUAGAGGCAUUGUGAUUCACCUGACUUCUUAACCUGCCACCUUGGGGCAGCCACAGGGCACGCCCAAAAGCACAGAGCAUUUUCCAGCUUCUGCUGUUCCUGUCGGCCAAAGGAAGUCAAGAUCAACUUGGGAAAAUAGCACUCAAGGACAUGCGCAUAUGAUUUUGGGAGCUGUUACUAGAACCAUCAACUGCAUACGUAAAAUCCCAUGCAUAACCUGAAAAUUUUGAAAGAAGAUACUUUCAUACUACUUUAAACUUGUGUCUUAUUUCUAGAUAUGGUCACUGGAUUACUAUCUUUUUAUUAAACCUUCUAAGUAUUGCA